CCAUAACUGGAUCAUAUUAAGGAUAUUCUGUCUAUAUUAUUGUGAGAAUUAUGACUGAAGAAAACUAUUUUGAGAUGGUGGACAGGCGGUCAUGACAAACACAACAGUGUCCCAGGAGAAAUUGACGAGUACUAAGGGUGAAGAGGACGACUUAGAGGUCAUAGAAAAUGGAGGACUCAGUCCCCAUCCCUCUCUUAGAGCUGACGAUGACGCCUGUUCAGAAAUUAUCCGCAUUGAACAGGGCGAGUCUAAAGGAAGAGAAGGCGAACACCACACAGCUUUGGGGCGAAUCGUCCGAACCCUACAGGUGAUAAAACAAUGGGCCUCCGGACGAUGGCGAUCGCGCACCCUCCCCGCUCGGCCGGACUCCUUCCUAGAGCGGGUUGCCAUGGGAGGAGCAGAUGUUAAAAUUGCUCAAUCAGACAGAAAAGUCAGGAAACCGUCCGAUAUCAGGUAUUGGAAGACAUUUGUAGUGGACCCUUCACAGAGCUACUAUUACCGUUGGUUAUUUGUCAUCUCUCUUGCCGUCAUGUAUAAUAUUGUCAUUGUAAUUGCUCGGUCUGUAUUUGCCGAGCUCCAGACCGAGUAUCUGGCUCUUUGGAUGGUCUUGGACUACCUCAGCGAUUUUCUAUAUAUAAUGGAUAUGAUUAUAUCCAUGCGAACAGGGUAUCUGGAGGAGGGACUUUUAGUUCGGGAUGCCACAAAGCUCCGUAAAAAUUACACUUCGUCCUCCAUGUUUAUAGCCGAUGUGAUAAGUAUUCUCCCUACCGAUAUUUUCUACUUUGCUACCGGCAUCAACUACCCAGAGUUCCGGUUCAAUCGAAUAGUGAGAUUUAACAGAUUGUUUGAGUUUUUUAAUCGAACAGCCACAAGGACUAGCUUUACAAAUAUGGUCCGUAUAUUUAACCUUUUAUUGUACAUACUCAUCAUCAUCCACUGGAAUGCGUGUAUAUACUUUGCAAUCAGUAAUGCAAUAGGAUUCGGCAGCGACAAAUGGGUAUAUCCAAAUGUGAGCAUUCCAAAAUACAAACCUCUCACUCGGAAAUACAUCUAUAGUUUCUACUGGUCAACUCUGACCCUGACAACAAUUGGUGAAACCCCACUGCCAGACAGAGAUGAGGAAUAUUUGUUCGUGGUGGUGGAUUUUCUUAUCGGAGUGCUUAUUUUCGCUACAAUUGUGGGAAAUGUUGGGAGUAUGAUUACCAAUAUGAACGCAACACGUGCGGAAUUUCAACAGAAAAUGGACGGUGUGAAGCAGUAUAUGGAAUUUAGGAAAGUUUCGAAGGAGUUAGAGCAAAGAGUGAUCAAAUGGUUUGAUUAUCUAUGGACGAACAAACAGUCCCUUAACGAGGAGGAAGUGCUCUGUACUCUUCCGGACAAACUGAAAGCAGAAAUAGCAAUACAUGUUCAUCUCGACACACUGAAGCGUGUGGCUCUUUUUCAGGAUUGUGAACCAGGUAUGCUGGUAGACCUUGUGCUAAAACUGAAAUUGCAGGUGUUCAGUCCAGGAGAUUACAUAUGUAGAAAAGGUGACAUAGGAAAAGAAAUGUAUAUUGUUAAACGAGGGCAAUUAGGAGUAGUGUCUGACGAUGGUAAACAAAUAUUUGCAACUUUAAGGGAAGGAAGUGUGUUCGGUGAAAUAAGCAUACUUAAUAUCGCAGGAAAUAAAAAUGGCAAUCGGCGAACAGCGAACAUUAGGAGUAUAGGGUACAGUGACCUGUUCUGUUUGUCAAAAGAUGACUUAUGGGAGGUAUUGACGCAAUAUCCGGAUGCAAAGAAAAUACUCAUGGAUCGUGGUAAACUUAUUCUGCGGAAAGACAAUUUGCUGGACGAGGAUUUAAUGAAAAAGUUGGAAGCUCAGCAAGAAACGACAGAACAAAAGCUGGAACGGAUAGAUGUAAAUCUGGACACUUUACAAACAAGGUUUGCUAGGCUCCUCGGAGAUUACAAUUCCACUCAACAAAAACUGAAGCAACGAAUCACAAAGUUAGAGAAACAUUUGACACGUGAUCAUGAUGACGUUUCGAACAUUUCUGCUCUGGAAUGAGGAACGUUUUUGCAUCCGUCUAUUACAAGGUUCCAUCGAGAGUUUGUGUUCGCCAAGAUGCCACAGUUCGGCUAUACGAGAAUUCCUGAGACACUCAAAGCAAUGGUCAUUUGUAAUAAAAACUAUCUUACCAAAGCAAUACAACCAAGUGAUGUCAGGACAAUACCCUUAGUACUGUGAAUAUACACAAUAGAAAUGCUAAUGUUCCCACCAAAGACCAUUUACUAAUGGACAGUUGGUUAGAAUAAACAAUAAUGUAUGUUGGCUUUCAGAAAAUACACCAAUAUUAUCCUAAAGUGCUCUAAAAGUGAAAGAAUAAAUAAUUGGAAUAACGGAAUGAAUGAGUAUAUUACAGAU